AUGUCUUACUGGAAGAGUUCAACAGGAACGGGUGUAUUUGUCUUCUCUGGUUAUGUUGCUGCUCAAUUUGCUGGUCCAUCUAUCAUUUUGUCUUUUGGUAUCGCCGGAAUAGCAGCAUGUCUUUGUGGGUUGUCUUAUGCAGAAUUAUCAUCAAUGAUUCCCAUUUCCGGCUCAGCUUAUACUUACACCUAUACGUCAUUGGGUGAAAUUUUUGCAUGGAUCGUCGGAUGGGAUCUUCUUCUACAAUACAUAUGUGCUGGAGCAACAGUUUCUGUUGGAUGGUCAGGUUAUGUUGUCUCGUUGUUUCAAAGAUUAUUUAAUAUCGAAGCAAUUCAUGCAAUAACUCGACCACCUUUUAGAUGGAAUGAAACAACUAGUUCAAUUGUAAAAACAGAUGGCGGUAUAAAUCUACCAGCCAUAUGUAUUGUGUUUGUGGUUACAAUUAUUCUUCUUAUCGGUGUGCGUGAAUCACUUCGAUUUAAUCUAGUUAUUGUUACGAUAAAAUUGUGCGUCAUUCUUUUGUUCACUGGUGUUGCCUUUUUUUAUGUGAAGUUGGACAAUUACAAACCAUUUAUACCACCAAAUCAGGGCACAUUCAAUCAGUUUGGUGUAACGGGAAUGCUACAUGCCUCCACCAUUCUCUUCUUCGCUUACAUUGGUUUUGAUGCUGUUGCAACAGCUGCACAAGAAACUAAAACACCGGAGAAAGAUGUUCCGCGUGGUAUUCUCCUGUCUCUGCUCCUUUCAGCCGUCAUAUAUAUUCUCGUUUCUAUAGCUCUUAUUGGUGUCGUUUGUUACAAAAACCUUGAUGUUUCAUAUCCGCUCUCCUUAGCUAUGGAAAUGAUUGGAUCAGACCGUUUGGCUGUCAUAGUCGAUUUAGGCAUAGUACUAUCAUUAACGGGUGUUAUACUUGUAAAUAUUCUUGCACCAUCACGAAUCUUAAUGACCAUGGCACAAGAUGGACUAUUUAUGCCAUUCAUAGCAAAAUUACAUCCAACAUUUAAAACUCCAUAUCGAGCUACAAUUAUCACAGGUAAAGAAUGCUCAGGGGUAAAAAAAUUGACAAAAAAACGCGUUUUCUUUUCUUUCUUAACGAUCAUAAAACGCGUUAAAUGUCUCAAAACCAACACUUUGAUUUUGUCGCUUAAAUGCGGUUUUUUAAUCUAUUCGCUUUUGAUAACGCGUUUUUCGGAAUUCCAUAAUGCGUUAGAGAACGCAUUUUUUGAUCAAUGUGGACAACAAUGAAAACGUUAAUUAACGCGUUCUGAAACGAUUCAAAAAGAAAAGCAGAGGGAAGAUACAGAGGCUUGAACCAUCAACUUUUGUCUCACCAUUCUUCCAGUUUUCCCAUUCGGCCAUAUCCUCUUGACAUUACAUCAGCUGACAACAAACUAAUGGAGAGCAGUAAAAUAAGUACUUAAUGAAGAAUUUCAAUUUCAAGAAACCGUUAGAACGGCAAGAAAAACGCGUUUUUCCGAACGCGUUAGCGAACGAUCGUUAAAGGAGCUGUUUAAACUCGUUUUUUGUCGUUCAAAACUUUAGAAUAAUGCGUUCUUCGACAACGCGUUUGCUGACGAUCGUUGAAUUAGCCGUUUUCUGGCGUUUUCUAACGACGUUAAAAUGGCAGAACUUCGAAUUUUUUUCUUUUUGCAAACGUGUUUAGAAACAAAAUUAUCGAAGAACUCGUUAUUCUAAACUUCUGAACGACAAAAAAUGGGUCUCAUAUCACCCGACAAAAAAAAUUAAGUUCGUUUUGAGUUGCUGAAAAGUGCUUUUCCGGAUUCAGCAACCCUGCAGUUUUUCUAUUUUUGGCGAGGGGUACUUCCGAAAGUUUUCGAACAAAAUGGCGCAAAAAAAUUCCAUGGGAAAAUAAUAUUGGUUUCAAAAACUUUUCUAAACUUUCGAAGUACCCCUCGUCAAAAAUAGAAGAUUUCGUGAGUUAUCGAGUGUGCUGAAUCCGAAAAAGCACUUUUCAGCAACUCACAACAAACUUUAUUGUUUUUCCGGCGAUAUGUUUAACGAUUGAUCGCUAACGCGUUUUUCGUGCCGUUUCUAUCGAUCUUUUCCGUCCGGGUAACAGUAGAAAUCUUUGCCGAUCAUAUGUAUCUGUUAAAUCCCAUUAUACUUUUAGGUAUCAUUGUUGCGCUAGCUGGUGGUUUUCUUCCAAUCGAUAUAUUAUCUCAACUGACUUCAAUCGGUACUUUAUUUUCUUUUAUGAUGGUACAUAUUAGCCUCAUAAUAAUGCGUUAUACUCAUAAGACAAUUCAUCGACCAUUUCGUGUUCCAUUCGGUGCUCUAUUCUUACCUUCUCUAGGAAUUUUAAUCUGUCUCUUAUUGAUGAUCAGUAGUUCUUUGAUAACGAUAAUUCGCCUAUUUGUAUGGAUGGGUAUAGGACUCAUCAUUUAUUUCGUAUAUGGAAUUCGCCAUUCAAAAAAUUAUCAAGAAACAAUACCAUGGGCAGAUAUUCAACAAGAUAAUUAUCAACGACAAUUUAGCUUGGAAACAAUGAAACUAUUGAACAGUGAAGAACUUUCUCUAGCAAAAGAAUGAUUAUGAUUCUACCAUUACGGGAAUCGAUUGUCUAUUAGCUGUCUGUUUAUACAGGGUAGUUGAAUUUUAAGCUCAUAUGUGAUUUUCGUUCAAAACUGAAAAAUGGAUAGGUAGGCCUUUUCAUCUAGGUGAUCCUGUCUGCUUUUAAACUAUGGAGAAACAGACUCUUUCUAACACAUUUCUAACACGUUUUUUCCUAAAAGAUCCUAUUUUGAAUUUCCAUCAAUCUACACGACUCUUUAUUUUAUCAAUAUUUUCGUUAGAGACAAAUGAUUUCACAUUAAGACGCACCCGGGGUCAUUAGAACUUGAUCAAGAAAAGUUUUCGACAUUCUUCUCGUAACUUUGUAAGCUUAAAACUUUUCACGAAACUUCCAAUGCAAAAGUUGUAGAGGAUGCUACGAAUGUUGAAGGUUUGGGAUGGGAAGUCAUUUUGUCGUUUAUUUUAAUGUUUGUUAUUUUACAAACAUGAACACGUGGACCACUGACAGCAUUAGCAGUUGAAUCUAUUAUUAUAUUUAAUACAAUAUUAGAUAGUCAAAUAAAUUCGUCAUCAAUGAAUCCAUUUCUUACACUAGGACCAGCAUUGAUGAGUUCGAGUCAAGAUGGCAACACUCG